CGAAAACGUAGAAAAAAAGGGACGCGGAAUUCCAGAUUUGCCCUUCUCCGGAAUGUCUAAUUACCGACGGCCCCACAUCUGCCAGUGCUUGAGCCGUCUAUCCUCCGUCAAGAGCGAUACUAUCGUCACGGUGUACGGACACCGGCGGCUCACCGGCCGGGAAUUCGUUGCCGGCGUUCUCAGACUCGCCGGUGGAUUGAUCCGCCUUGGCCUUCGUAACGGUGACGUCGUCGCCAUCGCCGCCGUUAACAGUGAUUGUUACUUGGAAUGGUUACUGGCUGUUGCGUUCAUCGGAGGAAUAGCUGCUCCUUUGAAUUACAGAUGGAGCUUGAAAGAAGCACAGACAGGAAUGCUAAUGGUGGAACCCGUGCUCUUAGUGACUGACGAGAAUUGUAGCUCGUGGAUUCGUAGCGUCGAUGCACCUUCUCUGAAAUGGCGUGUGUUGAUGGAUUCUGCAUCCAAGAGCUUCGCUAAUGAUCGUGAUAUUCUGACAAGCGAGAUGCUCAAGCAGCAUUAUAUGUUGUUACCUUCUCCAUCAAUGUACAGAUGGGCACCCGGUGAAGCUGUUGUAAUAUGCUUCACUUCCGGCACGACUGGAAAGCCAAAGGGCGUGACGAUAAGCCACUUGGCCAUCAUCACACAGUCUCUAGCUAAAGUUGCUAUGGUUGGUUACAGUGAGGAUGAUGUGUAUUUGCACACGGCGCCUUUAGUUCAUAUCGGCGGUUUGUCCUCUGCCAUGGCCAUGCUUAUGGUUGGAGCUUGCCAUGUUCUGUUACCAAAGUUUGAUGCUGAAACAGCGCUUAAAGCCACUGGACAACAUCUGGUGACUUGCUUUAUCACCGUCCCGACAAUGAUGUCUGAUCUCGUUAGCAUGAACAGGGCAAAGGGGUGUAGAAUUCAAAAGGCUAGUGUCAGAAAGAUAUUGAAUGGAGGUGGAUCCUUAUCGAACGAGCUCUUAAUAGACGCCAUAAAAAUCUUCCCGAAAGCUAAAAUCCUCUCGGCUUAUGGGAUGACAGAAACCUGUUCUUCCCUCACAUUCAUGACCCUCUAUGAUCCAAAACCCGAGUCAAACUCAUCGAUCCUUCGUGCUGAGAAAUUCAUUUCAAUCCACCGACCUCAAGGGAUUUGUGUCGGAAAGCCUGCACCUCAUGUUGAACUGAAGAUUCACCUUGAAAAUUCGUCAAGUACCGGGAAAAUUCUAACUCGGGGGCCGCACGUAAUGCUCGGAUACUGGGGUAAGGUCCAAGUUAACAUUGCAGGAUCUGAAUCCAGCAAUGGAGCUUGGCUUGAAACUGGCGAUAUCGGGGAAAUUGACGAGUUUGGCAACUUAUGGCUCAUCGGUAGAUCCAACGGAAGAAUUAAGUCCGGAGGCGAGAAUGUAUACCCUGAAGAGGUCGAGGCUGUUCUAUUGCAGCAUCCUGGAGUUCUGUCUGCAGUUGUGACAGGAGUUGCAGAGACUCGUCUUGGAGAGAUGGUUGUUGCUUGUGUCUGUCUUAAAGAGAAAUGGCAGUGGUCUGAAGAAAAUCUCGACGGCUCCGACACAAGCGGAGAAGAUCUUCUUCUGUCGAGCGAGAUUCUCCGGCGUUAUUGCAGAACGCAGAAUCUAACUGGGUUCAAGAUUCCAAAGAGGUUUUUCCGGUGGAAGAAGCAUUUUCCGGUGACUUCGACCGGAAAAGUGAGAAGAGAUGAAGUCCGGAGGGAAGUUGCAUCUCUUGUCCAAACGUUGAAUAGCUCUCUUUGAUCAGAUUCGUAUUUGUGAUUUGAUCUGAGUAUGUAUCCUUUUACGUAUAAAUUAUAAAUUAUAUUAUCUCCAUUUUUGUUAUUUUUUUAAA